AUGGAAUCAUCAGAUUAUCGUGCAAGCCUUCCCCCGAGGAGUCUGGAUUCAUCCAUAGCGGGCGCGGCGUCUGCUUUGUCAAGACCCUUGGCUGAAGCUGAAAACGUAAAAUCUCCCUCGGCGGCUUUGGAUGAGAAAAUUGCCGCAAUUCGUCGCGCUUGUGGCGAUGGCGAUGUGCGGGCGUUGGUUUCGUUCGCCACAAGUGAAGGUGGCCUGUUAAAUGAUGAAUUGAGGCAGGCAGCAUGGCCGAUUCUGCUCAAAUGCACUCAACCUCGAUCAGUGGAAGAGCUGAAACCCUCUAGCGACCUACCGCGGCAUUCGGAUGAAGAUCAAGUGCACCUCGAUGUCAACCGUGCUUUUGUCUAUUACCCUAAUGUGCCUGAGGAGGAUCUAUUGAAAAAGAAAAGCCAACUGUCGGAGCUGAUUACGCGGAUCCUGCGCAACUAUCCCAUGCUAUGCUAUUUCCAGGGAUAUCACGACAUUGCUCAAGUGUUGCUGCUUGUGCUGGGCACUCAUGGUGCCGGGCAAGCCUUGGCCCGAGUCUCACUGUUUCGCAUCAGAGACUACAUGCUUCCAUCGCUCACUCCUGCCCUCAAACAUUUGCAGUUGAUUCCUGCUAUAGUCGGCACAGUUGACCCGGAGCUGUGGGAACACCUCGCAAACAUUCAACCAUUCUUUGCGCUUGCAUCAGCGCUAACACUCUAUGCACACGAUAUUGAAGAAUACAGCGAUAUCGCUCGCUUGUUCGACUUCCUUCUCGCCCAAGAGCCGGUGGUUGCCAUAUACCUCUUCGCAGCCAUCAUUCUCUCGCGCAAGAAGGAGUUGAUCGAAAUCCCGGACGACGAACCGGAGAUGCUGCACUUCACUCUUUCGAAGUUGCCAUGCCCGCUGAACUUGGAGGACUUGAUCUCAAGCGCUGUUGAUAUAUUUAAGAAUCAUCCGCCGGAAAAUCUCCCUUCAGGAUCUUGGAGUAAGAUUCCCAAGCACAGCGUCCUUAAAACAUCCCGCCACCACGCGCCCAUUCAAGAUGUUGAGGAGGCAGUCCAGAUGUUUCAUCGCCAGGCCCGUCAAAUUCAAAGAGAGGAGCAACGGAAGCAAGCGCUUGAGUCUGCGUCGAGAUACAGGAAGACGAUCGGGUCUGUUGCCUUCGCAGUAAUUGUCGGUGUCGUAUCUAUUUAUGUCCGCAAAAGGGGUCUUGAUUCUUCAAUGUGGCUUUAUGCAAGUCGGCUCCGGGCUAUGCUCGGAGUCUAG